ACCUGUUACUAGGUGAGGCUUGGGCGGAGAAAGCAAUAAAUUGGUAGACAAUCCAUAUAUUAUCUCUUUCUGAGAACUAAACAAGAAAGAGCCACUGCAAAACAAAGGUUUCAAGGAAAUCGCUGUAGAGGAGCUUGGAAUCCAGGCUCUGGUCAUUAUAUGUGGAGUUUAAUAUGAACUCAACAGAUUCCAAUGUGUAUGGAUCCAUUUCAACGUCAACUGCCACAUCAGACCCCCAGUUUGCUCAGCAAGUAUAUGCAAUAGGAUCUAUGCCUCCAGAUCCAAAAAAAGAAGCUGGCACAUGGUGUACGGCAAAAAGAAACAAAAUUGUUUGUAUUGUCUCCAGCGUUUGCGUGCUCAUAGCAGCAGCCAUCAUUAUCGCCGUGCUGUGUUCAAUUUAUGUUCCAAUAACAACUAUAAAAUCAAACUGUGAAAAGGCAUGUGGAACCAGCGGAACUUGUGUCCUUUCUUCCCAGUGGUGUGAUGGGGUAUCUAAUUGUCCAAAUGGAGAAGAUGAGGCAGUCUGCUCGGCAGAAAUAAGGGCAUGUCAGAUGUUAUGUGGAAGCUCUGGCACCUGUGUCCUUUAUACCCAGUGGUGUAAUGGCAUUUCAGAGUGUCCUAAUGGAGAAGACGAAAAAAACUGUGUUCGACUGUACGGACCAAGUUUCCAGCUGCAGGCCUAUUCUCCUGCAAAAGCCACAUGGCUGCCGGUGUGCUAUGACAAAUGGAGUGACAUCAUUGGAAAGACUGCCUGCCAGGACAUUGGAUAUAAUGUUAGCACCUACUACAAGAGCAGUCAGUUGUUGUCCUCAAGUAAUGGAUAUUUAAUGCUCCAAUCCAAUACUGUGAUGGGAAAGCUGUACAGAAAUCUCAAUUACAGUGCUACCUGCCCAUAUGGGAAUACAGUUUCAUUGCGCUGUAUAAAUUGUGGUUUGUCUACAAAGGUGGAUAGCAGGAUAGUAGGGGGGACAGUUGCUAUAGCGGGAGAUUGGCCAUGGCAAAUAAGUCUUCUGAAGCAAGUCGGUUCCAGCACUUAUUUAUGUGGUGGAUCCAUCAUCACACCAUACUGGAUAGUGACUGCUGCUCACUGUGUAUAUGGGUCUACUUCUACUCCUUCUGCUUUUAAAGUAUUUGCUGGAACACUGAGCCUGCAAAGCUUUUCUUCUGCUGGCUAUUUGGUGGGAAAAGCGCUUGUGCAUCCCAACUAUGCAUCAAGUACACAAAACUAUGAUGUUGCUCUGCUAAAGCUCACAUCUGCGCUGGUAUUUACUAAUAAUCUCAGGCCUGUAUGCUUACCUAAUGUUGGGAUGUCAUGGGCAGAGGGACAACCAUGUUGGAUAUCUGGAUGGGGAACUACAUCAGAUGGAGGCAGUAUUUCCUAUUCACUAAUGGCAGCUUCAGUGCCCCUUAUCUCUUCCAUAACAUGUAACCAAGCGGCUGUGUAUGGUGGAGCCAUCACUUCUUCCAUGAUAUGUGCUGGUUAUCUCAGUGGAGGAACAGACACUUGUCAGGGUGACAGUGGUGGGCCUCUGGUUACCAAAACCAACUCCUUGUGGUGGCUUGUUGGUGACACAAGCUGGGGAUACAGAUGUGCCAAAGCCAAUAAGCCUGGCGUAUACGGGAAUGCUACGGUCUUCUUGGAAUGGAUAUACUCGCAGAUGCAGACAUACGGCUAAUGAAAGAACAUCAUGGAUAGAAGGAAAGACCAUGGCAUAUGGCAAAUAAUAUGUGCGAUUACGGUUAUUGGCUUCUCUGCUUUUUUUUUUUUUUCUAUUCGCUGCCCUUAGGAGCAGUUACCCAAGAAAUGGUUUCAGCUACAUAUGGACAGUAUGAUGCAUUUUUAUUUCAGUUUUCAUAAGGAAUUGUGCUUGCAAAUUCAAUAGCUAUAUGA